UGUGUGUGUGUGUGUGUGUCUGUAUGUAUGAGUGAGUGUGUGAGCAAACUAGAGAGCGAGCGAGAGAGAGAGCCAGAGAGAGAGAGUGUGAGUGAAUGAGGGGGCCAUCUCUGUAUUCUCUCACCUUCACCCCCCCCUCAUCAAAACGCAAGGAGGAGGGGCCAGAACGAGCUGCCAAUCAACUUCACUCGUGGCAGCCGGCAUUAUCUCGCCUGAAAACUAUUGACAGAUUACAUGUCAAGGAGUUUAGUACAUGAUUGAGAGAGAGAGAAAAAAAAAGACUCUUUAUUGCCCACUUAUUCUAGUCUGAAUUUCCCGCAGGCCAGAUUCCUCUCUGAUGAUUUUCACACAGAGUUCGUUGUAUUAUGAAAGUUACAUGCUUGGGAGGAUUUAACUUCGACUCUCCUGAAUAUGCUGAAAGGGGUUUAUGCACUGAAAAGACCUCAGGAAAAUCCACAAUGGCCGCCAAAAGAAAAGGUGGCCUAAAACUCAACGCUAUCUGUGCCAAGUUGAGCCGGCAAGUGGUGUACGAUGGCAGCUCCCAGAACGCAGAGGGCGACCAGAGCCUGGCGGACAACAGCGAGCGGGGCAGUUCGCACUAUGACGAGGGCGACAGACCCGAUAGCGAUUUCUCCGAAGGCCUGACGCUGGGUCAGAGCCUGGAGGAUGACCAGAAACGUCGUGAGGCCAUCGAGAAGUGGGUGAAUGGCGAGUACGCUGACGACCCGGCAUCCGUAGACGACGAUGAGCCUAAAAGCUCCAAAGCCAAUGGCGGAGAAGACGGGCCUCCCGAAGGCGUGUACAUGGUCCAGCCCAAAGGCUGCAGUGAUGAUGAAGACAAUGGGAACGAUGCCGAUGCGAUGCCCAUGUCCCACGAGGGCAGUUUCCAUGACGACCGGGAUUCGGACAGUCCUCAAAAAGAGACGAGCUACCCGCCGUCCAGCGAGGCCCCAAACUGCCAAGCUUCCUUCACUGCUCCAGGGGAAGCCUCUGUCCUGCGCGACUAUGCAGCCAGCACCAUGAAUGAGUUCCUCCACAUGUUUGGCUAUGAGGAACAGCAGGGUCGUGACGAGCUGGCCAAGAAGAUCAGCUUUGAGAAGAUGAAAGCUGCUACCUCAGACCCCUCAUCCCUGACUAGCGAGGAGGCCACGCGCCGAGCACGCUUCUCCAAGUACGAGGAGUACAUCCGCAAGCUGAAGGUCGGAGAAGCCCUGCCCUGGCCCAUACACACCAAACCCGAGGAGCUGGACUCGAAGAUAACGCCGGAAAAGAGCGCCACGCUCCUGCCGCCGUCCGCCUGCCUCCCAGGAACCGAGGCUCAGAUGUUUUCCCCCAGCAUGGAGCACAAGCAAGCCCAGCUCAGCGGCACUGGCGUUCCCACUCAUAACCUGGCAUCCCGUGCCUCCAAAUAUGACUUUUUCAUCCAGAAACUGAAGAUGGGCGAGAGCCUGACGCAGCAGAACGGCAAUGCUUAUAAGAGGCCUUCCAAAUAUGACUUGGAGAACGUCAAAUACUUGCAUCUCUUCAAGCCUGGAGAAGGCAACCCUGAUAUGGGCGGGGCAAUAGCUUUUAAGACAGGUAAAGUGGGCCGCCCUUCCAAAUAUGAUAUACGAAACAUCCAGAAGCUUCUUCCUGGGAAGGGUGAUUCUCCUAUGAUGCCUGGUGUUCUGUCCUCCACCCCGGCCACCCCAGCCACGCCCGUGAUUCCCACAGCUGCUUCUGCCGGAGCUGUUGGACCCCCAUGCCUACCAGUGGACCAGGGGGGGCAUAUAGGCUUUAACACUGACUACAUGAAGUCCAGCUUCUCCAAGACUGACUCCAUCACUACUGGAACUGUUUCCUCAGCCAAAAACGGCCAUCCUGUGGAGAAACCCGUGACAGAAGAUGUCAAUGUCUACCAGAAAUAUAUUGCCAGGUUUUCAGGGAGCCAGCACUGUGGGCACGUGCACUGUGCCUAUCAGUACCGAGAGCAUUACCACUGCAUGGACCCUGAGUGCAACUAUCAGAGAUUCACGAGUAAACAGGAUGUGAUAAGGCACUACAACAUGCACAAGAAGAGGGACAACUCUCUGCAGCACGGCUUCAUGCGCUUCAGCCCUUUGGAUGACUGCAGCGUCUAUUACCACGGCUGCCACCUGAACGGCAAGAGCACUCACUACCACUGUAUGCAGGUGGGCUGUAACAAGGUGUACACUAGUACCUCCGAUGUCAUGACUCAUGAGAACUUCCAUAAGAAGAACGCACAGCUGAUAAACGACGGCUUCCAGAGGUUCCGGGCCACUGAAGACUGCGGGACUGUGAGCUGUCAGUUCUACGGGCAGAAGACCACCCACUUCCACUGCAGGCGUCCCGGGUGCACCUUCACCUUCAAGAACAAGUGUGACAUUGAGAAGCACAAGAGCUACCACAUCAAGGAUGAUGCGUACGCCAAGGACGGCUUCAAGAAAUUUUACAAGUACGAGGAGUGCAAGUACGAGGGCUGCGUGUACAGCAAGGCCACCAACCACUUCCACUGCAUCCGCCAGGGCUGUGGCUUCACCUUCACCUCCACCAGCCAAAUGACUUCGCACAAACGCAAACACGAGCGCCGUCACGUCCGCUCCUCGGGCAUGCUAGGCCUAACGUCGUCCUUCCUCCUUCCCAAGGAGGAGCACGAAGAAUCCAGUAACGAUGACCUGGUGGACUUCUCGGCCAUCAGUAGCAAGAACUCCAGCCUGAGUGCUUCGCCCACGACUCAGCAGUCCUCCACUGUGCCGCACCUGAUGUCCACACCCACUACAGCCAGUACCUCCAGCCCCAGUGUCAAGCCCACUACCACUCUGCCCGCAGCCAGCCGAAUCUCCACUCUCCUCUCGCAGGCUCUUCCCAGCAACCUCCCGGUGGCCCUGGCGCUUUCUGGCAGCGCUCUGAGCGGUGCGUCCAACUCAUUCUUCCCACUUUUACCCCGGCUGCCCCUGCAGAUGCCCUCAGCAGCUGCUGGCAUGAUCUCUGCCGUGAGCUCCAGUGCCCUCUCCACACCCCGCGACACGGUGGCUCCAAGCUCCAGUUCAGUUGGUGAGGCGGCAUCUGUGGCCUCAACCCCGACUUCCUACUCUGCCUCCUCCAUCAUGGACAAGAUCUCGGCCAGUAAGGGUUUGAUAUCACCCAUGAUGGCAAGGUUGGCUGCUGCUGCACUCAGUACGACUAGCAACCCUGACACAGGAAACGGACAGCAGGCUCAGGCAAGCCGGUUUAAUCCGGUUCAAGUCAAGCAGGAGCCUAUGGACAGCACCUCUGGGCCUUCCCAGGAGUCCAUGCAAGAACACAGCCUUGACCUGAGCAAGAAAGACCACGGUAAUGAAUCAAACGGACACCCUGCGCCGGGAAAUCCAUCUCCUUUAUCCUCACUUAUGAAUAAGAUGUCGCAGGUGAAUCCGGGUUUCUUCAACGCUCUGAACUUGAAGUCAGAGCUGGAAAGCAGCCAGGCAGCUGAUAGCUCAGACGCAGCUCAGUACCUCAGUAGGCUGAUCAAAAGACCAGUUCCGGAAAAACCCGCCGAGCUCUGGAAGACCUACCUGCGCAGAUAUGAUACCAAUGAAGUCUGUGAUGCCCAGUGUGACUUCCUGCACAAAGUCCACUUUCACUGUCUUGUGGAGGACUGCGGCGCUCUCUUCAGUACAGUGGACGGAGCCAUCAAACACUCCAACUUCCACUUCAGAGCCAACCUAAAGGUUAAACCAGAGACCGCUUUCAAUGAGGCCAAGGAGUCCAGCGAGGGCGUCCCCAAUCAGCUCGCUGUGCCCGUCUCUGUGCCCAACACUCCGCCCAUGGACGUGCCCAGUGCAGCAGUGUCGGGGGCCUAUGCCUCUUCACCUUCGCUGUUGGCAUGGAAGCAGCUGACGGGCUCCAUCCCUCCACUUCCUGCCUCCGUGCCCAACAUGGCCGCUUCCUCGCCUCUCGCUACCACUUCAUUGGAAAACGCCAAGCCUCAGGUCAAACCGGGCUUCCUGCAGUUUCAAGACAAUGACCCCUGUCUAGCAACUGACUGCAAAUACUCCAACAAAUUCCACUUUCACUGUUUGUUUGGCAACUGCAAGUACGUGUGUAAGACGUCCGGAAAGGCCGAGUCACAUUGUCUGGACCACAUCAACCCCAACAACAGCUUGGUCAAUGUGCGAGACCAGUUCUCUUACUACUCGCUACAGUGUCUCUGUCCCAACCAGCUCUGUGAGUUCAGGAUGAGAGGACACUAUCACUGUCUGAGACCGGGCUGCUACUUUGUCACCAACAUCACCACCAAGCUGCCGUGGCACAUCAAGAAGCACGAGAAAGCCGAGCGACGCGCAGCCAACGGCUUCAAAUACUUCACCAAGAGAGAGGAGUGUGCCCGCCUCGGCUGCAAGUACAACCAGGUGAACAGCCACUUCCACUGCAUCCGUGAAGGCUGCAUGUUCUCCUUCCUGCUUAAGCACCAGAUGACCUCUCACGCCCGCAAGCACAUGAGGAGGAUGCUGGGAAAGAACUUCGACCGAGUUCCGUCCCAGGUGAUGCCUCCUGGUCACCAAACAGAGGAGAUGCAGCACAUGGCUAGCAUGACCUCUUCCGGCAGCAUGGGCACCCUCUCGAGCAUGACUUCAAGCUUCUCCAACAUGACAGAUGACAACGAUGACUACAUGGACUACAUGGCUGGAGAAAGUCCACUGGGCCUUUCGUCUGAGUCCUCCAACCAAGACCGCAGCUGCACCAGCACUCCUGUGGGCAAUGACAGCUCCCCUGCAGGACCAGGUUCUCAGGUCCCUGCUUUUACUCCUACUUCUACUCCAACACCCACUACCUCUACUGACACUCCCCCCACCUCUCAGUCUGCACCUCCUCCUCUUCCACUUCCACUUCCUCCUCCACCUCCUCCAUCUUUACCUCAGGCUCCACUCCAGUCCCAGCCUCCUUCUUUCCCCCCAACCCUCCUGCGUCCUCCUCUUUCCUCGCUCCCAUACCUCCUCUCUCCAUCCUGUGUCUCAUACUCUCUGCUCAGCGCCUCUCUUGGAGCCACUCGGAGUGUUGUCAUGCCAACCAACACACCAGCUUUCAGCCCCAUCAUUGCCACUCCGUCUCCGGUUAAAAAUGACGUGCCUAUAGUGCAGGACGCUGCAGGGAAUACCAUCUCCAUUCCAGCAGCAAGUGGUGCCAAGAAGCGCUUCUGGAUCAUCGAGGACAUGUCGCCGUUCGGCAAGCGGCGCAAGACGGCAUCCUCGCGCAAGAUGCUGGACGAGGGCAUGAUGCUGGAUGGCUUCCGCCGCUACGACCUGUAUGAGGACUGCAGGGACACAGCAUGCCAGUUCUCGCUCAAGGUGACUCACUACCACUGCACCCGCGAGAACUGUGGCUACCGGUUCUGUGGCCGCACUCACAUGUACAAGCACGCGCAACAUCAUGACCGCGUCGAUAACCUCGUCCUCGAUGACUUCAAGCGCUUCAAGGCGUCGUUGAGCUGCGACGUGGCCGACUGUCAGUUCUCAGGCAACUCGACACACUUCCAUUGCCUGCGCUGCCCCUUCCGCUGCACAGACAGCACCAAGGUGACGGCCCAUCGCAAGCACCACGGGAAGCAGGACGUGAUCAGCGCCGCAGGCUUCUGCCAGUUCAGCUCCAGCACCGACUGUGCCGUGCCCGAUUGCAAGUACAAGCUCAAGUGCUCGCACUUCCACUGCACCUACCCUGAGUGCAAGCACACGGUGGUAGGCAUGUCGCAGAUGGACUCGCACAAGCGAAAGCAUGAGAAGCAGGAGCGGGGUGACGUGCCCUCAUCCAUCUCUCCUAACCGGGAGGCAGGGCAACACCAGACAGGUCUGGUGGCACCACCAACUUCCAUUAGUCUACCCCCUACAUCACCUGGUGCUCAAGGGUUGCCCCACAAUAAUGCAGCCAUGUACCUCCAUUCAGCAAUGGGCACAGAGUAUCCAGACCACCCUCGCUCAACCCUCAACUUGGAUGGCUCUCUGAACCUCGGCACCGAUGUCAGCAGCUCACUGUUCUUCCUGAAGAACGCCAGCAGCCUGGGCCUCAGCGACUCGCUGGACCUGAGCAAGAAGCUGCAACACCGAGAGGCACUGUACCCUAUGGGGCCUGGAGCUUCCAUGCCUGCUUCCUUAAGCCUGAGCAACCCACAGGAUGACACCACGGGCACGUCAGGCGAGCCCGAGGAUGAGCUGUCACCCGACGAAGAGCCUACACACGAGGACGACGACGAUGAUGACGAUGACGACGACGAGCCGGAGGAAGACCUCAACACAGACUCGUAUGACGACUCCAUGCCCGAGGCCGAUGGAGACAAAGACAACGAAGAGUGUUUUGAUGCUUCCAUGAACCACGCCGAGGCUUCUCACCUGGAGAAAGACAAAUCCGAGGCUGACCUGUAAACUUCACUGUACGCACUCGAAGAAACAAUCCCUGCGUGCAAUGAACAAAACCCCAGUUCGAGUGGCCUCGUUUAUCACGUUUAGAGACACCGCACAUGACAAGGAAAUGACAAAUACGCAAGAAAAGUGAAGGCCCAAAAUGAUUUACGAUGUUUACAUGAUGACCAACAUUAUUAAUUUAAUUAUGCAUUAAAAAUGAACAGAGAAACAGACAGACGAGGCCGUCUUUUACACUUGGGUGGCAAUGUAAACAUUUUCCUACGCAUCAGUCUUUUUUCGUGUGUGUGCGUGCAUGUUUGAUUUUAAUUUAUUCGAUUUUGUUACUUUUUUUUGUGUGUGGAAAAAAUAUAUAUAUAAGAAAAAAACAAUCUAUAUAUAUAUAUAUAUAUAUAUAUAUAUAUAUAUAUAUAUAUAUAUAUAUAUAUAUAUAUAUAUAUAUAUGAAUAUCUAUAUACAGUAGAUGUGUGUGGAUGUUAAAAUACAUUUGAAGUGCAGUCACUGAACUGCGGAAUCCAAGAAAGAAACGGCACGCUUUUAAAAAAAAGAAAGAAAAAAAGGAUUAGUUGUUUUGUUUUUUUAAUGAAUGUGUUGAAACAACUGAUUCAUUAACAUCCUGCAUUAUUAUUAUUAUUAUUAUUAUUAAUUAUUAUUAUUAUUAUUAGUGCAGGGGCCCGUAACAGUGCUUUGGUAUUUUCCAUUUCACACUUGAUUCACUUUUUUUUUUUUUUUUAACGGUUCUUUCCGGUCAUCACAGUUCUCACAGAAACGUUCUCAGUUGUGUCAUAGGCUCCAUUCCACAGUGUGUCUUUUGGGGACAAAACAGUGACAGUGACUGCAAAUUUCAGGCCAUAACACAUCUAUCUCAGUAAACGCACCUCACCAAAAAGCUAGCGGUGCACUCCAUCGUUAUUUCCUCCUCUCUCUCUCUCUCUCUCUCUCUCUCUCUUUUUUCUUUUUCAAAAUGUGGACCGUUUUAUCAUUUUCUUUUUUUUCCUGGCAUUGCAUAUUGCUAGUGCACUUUUGUAUAGACGAGGUUAGAUAGUCGAACCUCUAUUUAAGACGUUUUGUUACGGUGUGCAUCACUGCAUUAUUGUUGCUUUUAUUUUUUUUUUGUUUGUUUUUCGUUUGUUAUUGUUGUCACUGUUAUCAUUGCAUUAGUCCUCCACUUGCACAGGCGUGACCAGUCGACGCUGGUGUUUGUUGCUGCAGAACGGCCCGUUGGGAAAACGGGACCAGACCGGGGAGGAUCAUGAAUACUUGAUGGUGCUGCUGCCCAGGGGGGGAAAAAAAAGGGAAUCAAUGCCAGCUCUUUGGCUCUCUAUGGACUCCCACAAUGCACCCAAGUAUCCAUCAGACAAAAGGACGGAAGUGUGUUCUCUGAACGUAGGGAAGAUCUAGUAGCUUGUAGGUUAAUUUUGUUCUCUUCUUUCUUUCUUUACAAUUUGAGUAGCAUGGAUAUUUAAAACAAACAAACAAAAAAAAGAAACAAACAAACAAAAAAAAAAAGGUAGUGAGAAAAAAAUUCCCAGUUGGAGUCUGUGGUUGAAGAUUCUUUAGAAACCUCAUAUAUCUGCUCUGAACAAGAGAGACUUUCUUGGCUGUGGAUUUAAGACAAUGGAGGAACGUGUCACUGUAAGAAAUGCUCAAGUGUGUGAAUAAUACAGACAAAAAAGCUACGUUUCGAGCGUCGUUUUCUCUUUCUUAAAAGCUGUGGUCUAGCUCCGAUUACAACCGUUUAUUUAAUAUUUAUGUGACCUUGCGAAGAGAAACGUUUAGGGUGUUUUUUGCACUUUUUAGAUUCAUUUUUACCAGAAAUACAAUGGCAUAUAUCUUUUAACAGGGAAAUUAUUGCUAUACAAUGUUUUAUUUUGUUUUGGUUUUUCUUUUUUUUUUUCCCACUUUGCUUUGAUGCACAAAUAAUUGUUGGUGUGACGAAGACCUGUUGUUCUGUGUUUUAUUUAAAAAAGAAAAAACAACAACAAAAAAAAAGAAAAAAAAAGAGGGACUGAUUUACUUUUGCUUCUGAGAUUGGAUGAUUUCAAUACGAACCAGGCGUGCCAGAAGCAAGGCCUGCCUAACGAGUAACACUAAUGACGACUGUAAUUUAAAUGAAUUCUAUACAGAGGAAAUUACUGCAGUGCUCCGCUCCAAAUUACAGAGAAAAAAAACAAAACAAAACAAAACAAUGAAUUUUGUUUGCCUGGCUUCAGCAGAAAAUGAGUGACUGUGUAGUGGAAAAGAGGAAGAAGAGGAGGAAGAAGAAAAAAGCUGAAGCGAGGAAAUUACAAUUAAUCAUUUCUUAAACACGGCUUUGAAAGAACUGUCAUAAUAUUAGGUAAUUAAAUGUGUAGAUGAUUAUCUUCAGAAUAUUGUUGGCGGAAAAAGGGGGGGGGGAAAUAAAAAGGUUGUAUAGUAUUUUCUUCUGUACAAAAAAAAAACAAAACAAAACUAUAUAUGAACAAAAAUGCUCUUUGAUUCAAAGCUUCCUUUAAAAAAAAAAACGGAUACGAACUGCAGAAAUAAAAGAAUAAAAAGGUUAAUUAUUGAACGAAUAA